AUGGAGGAGCUGCUGCGGACGGAGAAGCUGGAUGCUUCUGCACUCCGACGGUCCUUUGAUUGGGCGCGUCUGGCAAAGACAGAGCAACACUUCAGCCGACUGUCUUUGGACGAGCUGGCAGCAAUCCGGCUUUGCUUGGAUGCAUCUCCAGACGGCGACCAGGCACAGAUCACAUUGGAGUGGUGGCUGAACAUGCUAAGAUAUGCUAAGCUGACAGUGCUGGCAUGCUGCAUGUCGACGGAGACCCCUCUUGACGAAGAAAGCAGGUCCACCGAAAUUCGCGCCGUCCUGGGGUUGGAAGGGGGCCUAGCGAAGAACGAGAGCACUUGGUUCUCCGCCAUGAACGAAUUUCUUGCGUCCAGGCAUCCUGCCAACGUCGGUGCGGCGGACAAGGCCGAAGGCACCGCCUCCACGUGGGAGGUGUUGGUUUCUGAUGUGGUGUCUGGUCUGACAGCCUUGCGCUUGCGAGAGAAGCAUGAGGUGGUGCAUGGAUGCUGCUACCGCCUGUGCUGGAUCCCGCAGCAAAGCUUCGACGCACUUUUCGGCUCUGACAACUGCGGCCGCUUGCUUUGCUUCACCGGCUUUCAACGAGUUGGCGGCGCUGAGCCUUGGCAAAGCUUGGGACAGUUGCGUCAAGGCUGUGUACCGUGCCUGCUGGAGUUCGACGCGGCUAUCUCGUGUCAAGCUGCAGAAGUGCAGGAUUUCUUGGUGGAAGGAACCGCAGCGGGUGCCACACCGGAGCUGCUGCUGCCUCCCUUCCUUCGUGGUCACGUUCGCAGCGUCCGUCGCGAGAGCUCUCCGCCGCCAUAUCACAUCGACAUCUUCCGCGUAGAAAUCGCAGGUGUGACUGAGGCUCCGUUCUCGGACGAUGUUCUUGAAGCCACACCGGAGGCGGUCCUGGUGGCAUCCAUGCUCCUGGCUCUCCAAGGCAGCCCUGCCAAGGAGGAGAUCUCUCCGUCCUCACCGGAGGAGCUGGCAACCGUGUCCAGCAGCUCGAGCAACAUUCCGACUGGAGUUGCGGCUGGUGGUCAAGCCUCGAAUGGCACACCUUCGUCGGCCGAGGAGGCUCUGGACCUAGCGGGACGGUUUUUUACCCAGCUGGCAGCCUCGCUGCGUGUGCGAAGUCCCAGCGAGGUUGGUCGCAUGUGGAAGGGAUACUUGGAGUGCGCGCUGGAUGGGCACAACCCGUGGAAGGAGCUCGGCAACACCCUUCAGCUAGGCCCACUCGGCAUAGCGAGGACGGCCGUGGUCGGCUCCGCGAGGGCUUCCCUGCGUGUAACGAAGCGAGCCCUCGGCUUUGAGAGCUGCCUCGAUUCUGAAGCCAUGGACCAGCAGUUCUGCCGCCAGGCCGAAGAGCUGGAAGCGCUGCGACAUGCUGCUGUGGGCUGUGCAAGGGAACAGGCGAGAGCUGUGCACCUGGAGACGUUGUCAGACCCAGAGGCAUUUUUGCGAUACUUAGCACACGAUCCUGUCCGAGCUUUGCGAGCCACACCUGCUAUCCUGAAGGUCUAUCGGGAUUCUGCUGGUCCGGCACAACGCGUUCUGCUCUUCGCCAAGCUGAUGGGUUUGUCUGCCAUGGCUGGUGGCCUUCUCUGUGGUGACCCUCGCGUUUGUGAAGCCUUUGAGGGUCCUUGGCGAGCUGGAGGGGCAUGCGGGAAUGCUUGGCACAGCUUCAGCUCCUGUUGUGAGCAGCUGGAUGAAGGGACCCUCACGCAGAACGAUGACUGCGACGAGGCGGCUCUCCAAAAACGUCCCAGAGAUGCGCACGCAGGGGAUCGAGCCUUGGCACUGCUAACGCUGAUGCGGCUUCAUCUGGCCAGAGUCCAAUUGCUGGUCACUGCGGGUUCACCCGACACCGGCAAGACCACAUUCUUUCGGGAGGUGUUUGGCCUCUCGCAUUUGAGGGCGGGCCUCUCGGAGGAGGGGCGCACGGACGAAGUGCUUUGUGCUUUGCAUCCUGACUCGGACCUGCGUUUCAGGCCUGUGUAUCUUGUCGACAUGCCGGGCUUCGGUGAUGGCACGCAACUCCACCGUGCUUCCCGGAAGCCAACCGGCAUGAAGGGCAAGGUGCACGACUUGGCCACCACUCUCCAGUCCCAGAACGAGGCCUUGGGCAUCGAAAAAGGACAUGUGCCUUGGCAACAGAAGGUGUUGGAACUAUGCGCCUCAAUCGCUUCACUUACAAGGCUGAGAUUUGACGUUGCAAUGGCUUCCGUCUCAGAUGAAAGGUUGUUCAGGUCGAAAACCUGCUGCGGAUGCAGCUGA